CGCGCCGCCGCUCACGUGUCGCUCUUCCAAAGCAAAGAAGAGAGAGAAAAAAAAAAGAAAAUUCUCGAAGCGAAUGGAGAAGAGCAGCACCGCCGCGGGAGGGAGGAGCAGCACGCCGCCGCCGCCGAUGUACACGGACGAGUUCGCGCUCGAGGGGAAGAAGCCCGUCAAGAACCCCUUCGUCCCCAUCGGUGCAUUGGUCACUGCUGGUGUUCUGACGGCCGGCCUGAUCAGCUUCCGAUAUGGCAACUCUAAACUGGGUCAGAAACUGAUGAGGGCUCGUGUGGUCGCUCAAGGAGCGACGGUUGCUCUGAUGAUCGGCAGUGCCUACUACUACGGUGAUCAAAUCAAGCUGUUCAAGAAAGGGUCAAGCCCUUGAAGACAAGUACAGGAAUCUUCAUAUCUAUACUUAGUUUUGGGCAAGAUUACGCUGUUCAUUGUUCCUCCAGCCAUUGGGGUUUAACCAUGUUGUUUUCGCCUGGCACGUGGUAGCUAACAAAAACAAGAUCAGAUUUGGAUUUGCGCAAUUACUAGGCUUUGAAUAAAAAGCUUUUCUUUCGUCGACUUGACACCAAGUUAUGCAUUGUAUUGGAACACAGCACUGUUAAUCGAGCGAAUGGGUAAAAUACAUACACAGUGCAGACCUGUGGCUUGAAA